AUGCCUCUGGAGCAGCGCGUCAUCGCGCCCAUCUACGUCAGCAGGGGCUGCUUCUCCUUGGACGGAGGAGGCGGUGCCAGCGGUGGCCCACACUCCAAUGGACAGAUUCCUCAGUCAGCCCUAAACAUCCCCAACGAGCUGGAGGCAGUGACCAACGGCACCCUGGCGAACAUCAUCCGCCAGCUGAGCAGCCUCUCCCGCUACGCCGAGGACCUCUUCGGCUCCAUCCUCGACGACACCGCGGCCCUGGUGGGCCGGUCGGUCGCCCUGAAAGGGCGCCUGGACGUACUCUCCGAGCGGGUGGAGCGCCUGGACGCGAGCAACGACUCGGCGACGCUGGCCAACAACGCCUCGAUGCUCUCGAAGAAGCCGUACCGCUCGCGGGCGGACAACUUUGACCAGCAGGUGGUGGCGAGGACCACCAUUCCACUCUCAUUACGAGAGGUCUACGAGUCCUGCGACGAGCCGCCGCCGCUGGACAAGCUGAAUCCCUUCAGGGAUGACAACAUGAACGGCCUCAAACUGUACACCAAUCCCAACUACUUCUUCGAGCUGUGGCGGAAGGAGAUGCUGGCCGACCGAAGUCGGAACAAGGUCGCCAAGAAGGGCGAAGCGGCCCACAACUCCUCCAAGUCGAAGCGGAACAAGGCCCAGUCCUCUCUUCUUCGCCACCAGACGUCCAUCACCUCGGACUCGGCCAGUCCGGCGCACAACCAUAACAACAACAAUCAGCAGCACUACCAUGUACAGCAGCAGCAGCAGCAGCAGAUAUACAGUCGUGGCUCCAUUUCCUCGCAGCAGUCCAUGACAACCGGCCAGCCGCCGAUGUACGGUGAAAAUGGCGUUCCACUGAAUCCUCAGCAGCAGCAGGCGCUCUACAAUGCACAGCAGCAGCAGCAGAAGAUUUACGGGCAGACACAGCAACCACCACCGCCACCACCACCUCAAGCUCAAUCAGUGUACGGAUACGCCGGUGGUGGUCAAGCACCUUCAGCCGAUCAGCAGGUGGUCUCGGUGAAGAGGGAGGAGCCGAAUCCCUCGGGCACCGGCUCCUACACCGUCAUCGAGGGCUACAGCGUCGACCCGAACAACUACCAACACCACUACGUUCAGUACCAGGGAGGAGGAGGGGCUGCCCCACAUCAACAGCAGCAACAACAACUUCACCAGCAGUUUGGAAACAGGCCCAACUCGCUGGAGUUGUCUCAGUACGGAAACGUCUGCUCUCCGCCGCCACCUCCACCACCUCCCGGCCAAGCUACUGGAAGUCUGGCAAACGGUGCACCACCACCUUCCAAAACCACCUCCUCCUCAACGACAACUCCCAACGGAGGGGGCGGGGGCGGCGGCGGUGGCCAGCCCUGGACCGCUGCCAUGCUGCAGUCGGUGAAGCUGAAGCCGACGGGCGACCGCACCUCAAAUGGCGGCACUACCUCCUCUUCUUACGCGCCUUCCUCUGCCCCGAAGGACCCGCACUCGAAUCUGAUGGCGGCCAUCAGGGACGGCAUUAAGCUGCGCAAGUGCGACGAGGCGACCAAGGCGCGGGAGGAGCGCGAGGGCAAGGGGGCGGUGCCGCUGCACGACGUCGCCUCCAUCCUGGCGCGCCGCGUCGCCAUGGAGCUGAGCGACAGCGAGGGCGAGGGCGCCGAGGGCGGCGGUAGUGACAGUGACGCCUGGGAUGACGAGUCAGAGUGCUAG